UGUAUUUUCUACAUUUUUUUUUUAAAUUUUAUUUCUCAAUGAAUGCUCAGUUAACUGAGUAUUUUCACUUUGCUGAUUAUAGUUCUGUACUUUUGCUUACGUAUCUUUUUUAAUGCAGUUAUUUCACUUGUAGUUAAGUAUUUUUAAACUGUGGUAUUGCUACUUUUACUUAAGUGAAGGACCUGAAAACUUCUCCCACUACUGACAGUACAAAGGCUACUCAAGAGUUAAAAUGUUUAAGGGACGCUUUUAUUGUGAAGACAAACGUGCUCUACUUCCGGUAUCUGUCUAGUUGCCUCCGGUUAGCUUGACGUGCCUCCGUUUUGACGUAUGAAUCAUCCUUUCCCAAGAUGGCGAUACACCUGUUUCUCCGGUGGUGAUCCUUGUUGUUGUCUGCGCAACGGAAGAAAAAAAGCAUCUGGAACAGACUGCUAAGAAACUGGCGACGUCGUUAAACAGCUGGAGUAAACUCCGUCGUCCAAAAUGUCCACAGAGGAGCUGUCAGCCUCGGACAGCGAGGCUGUCUUCGCCGGCGCAGGGGAGCGAUGGGCACCGGUGGGCGCUGUGGCCAGUCCCGAGGAUGAGAGCGGGAGCGGGAGUGCUGGCCAGCCGACGCAGAGAGGCUCGUCACCGGCCACCGAGGAGGAAAUGGCCGUCAGGCUGGAGAAGCUGGAAGAGGAGCAGGACUUGCUGAACUCAUCUCUCCUCGCCCUCACCUCACACUUUGCUCAGGUUCAGUUCCGACUGAAGCAGAUAGUUCACGCCCAGAGCGAGGAGAAGGAGAGGAUGCUGGUGGAGCUGGAGGAGUUCGCCUUCAGGGGCUGCCCGCAUGUUGUGGGCUGCAGAGCUCAGGAUGCCAAACAGCUGGAGAACUCGGGGGAACUGAGUGAGAGGGAGAAGAGGGAGCGCCUGGAGGCUCAGAGGGAAAAACAGAAGGAUCUCAUUUUCCAACUGAAGACGCAGCUGGACGAUCUGGAGCGCUUCGCCUAUCAGGAGGGCAGCUACGACUCGCUGCCGCAGUCUGUCGUCAUGGAGCGACAGAAGGUCAUCAUUGACGAGUUGAUUAAAAAGCUGGAUGUGAACCUGAAUGAGGACAUCGGGAACUUGUCGCCCGAGGAGCUGAGACAGAGAGUGGACGCUGCCAUUGCUCAGAUAGUGAACCCAGCUAGGGUCAAAGAGCAGCUGGUGGAUCAGCUCAAAACCCAGAUCAGAGAUCUGGAGAUGUUCAUCAACUUCAUCCAGGAUGAGGUGGGGAACCCUCUCUUAUCAGACGGUGGUGACAGCCGGCAGCCGCAAGCAGCAGGGACCAAUCCCAGAACUCCUGGAGUGAAGAAGAAAGUGGACCCAGAGCAGACCCAGAAGAUGCGAGAGACCGGCCUGCAGCUGAUCCAGAAGGCCCUCGCCGUGCUGCAGAUCUUCGCUGCGAGCCAGUUCGGCUGCGCGCCCGGCCACGUUCCUCAGAGCAUGUGGCCUCAGGAGCCUUCAGGGCAGGACUACGGGCCCCUGCUGCAGCGUCUGGAGGCAGCUGUUGAGAAGGUGCGAGUGCUGGGCUCUUGCAGACAGCCCUCCCUCGAACAUGUUGUCAACUACACCAGCAACACGGCAUUGGGACCUCGAGACGAGCUGACGACGUCUGUGAGGAAGGAGCUUUCGAUUGCUCUGAAAGACUUGUUGGCUCACGGCCUCUUCUCACCCUCUCAGACCAUGAGCCUGGUGCUGGCCCCCAUCUCCUGCCUGCUGCCUUACAGACCAGCCCCACAGACAAUGCACCCAUGGGAACUCUUUGUUAAAUACUACAACUCCAAAAACGGGAAGGCCUUUGUGGAAUCACCGGCCCGCCAGCUUUCACAGUCCUUCAGCCUGCCUGUAGCAGGCGGUCCCGUGACCGUCACCCCUAAACAGUCCCUGCUGUGGGCCAUUCACACUGUGCUGAAGGAGCACGGACGCUACAAACGAGGACCAGACACAGAGUUCAAAGCGCUGGUGUGCAUGGCUCUGAACGAGCAGCGGCUGGUGUCGUGGCUCAACCUGCUGUGUAAGUCUGGGACUCUGAUACACCCGCACUACCAGUCCUGGAGCUACAUGGCCCAGACCGGCUUCGAAGGAGCCCUGCGAAUCCUGGGCCGCAUCAGCCACCUCAAAUUCAACCUCCCAGUGGACCUGGCUGUUCGGCAGCUGAAGAACAUUAAGGAUGCUUUCUGAGACCAACAAGGCAACAAAUCCAUUAAUAGUAGAAACAUCAGUCUCAGAAAUCAAGUAUUAUAUCAGCUAAACUCCACUACUCUUACCUGACGUUCAGGGCCAAAAGCAUGACUUUGUGCUUCAAGUAUGUAACCUUUUAAAGGUUAUUUAAGUAGCCGCCACUAAAGUAAAGUGCAAAUAUGUGAUGUCUACAGUACAUGCAUGGAUGAUUGUGUUUAGCUUUAGCCAUAAGCAACCAUAAUCUGCAUAUCCCACUAUGUUUAAGAUGCCAAAAUGUCAAGAUGACAAUGCUACUUGUACUGUAAACACGCCUUAGAAUGGAGAUUGAGAUUACCUCAUCUUUAGUGAAGCCUUCCUGACCUUUGCGACCUGUGCUCAUCGUACAGUAUCAUACCCGUGUACAUGAUAGUGCCCUAACCUAUGCCGCAAAGAGAGAGGUUGAAUUUGUACAGUAAUCAGUACUGUAAUGUGGUUGGUUGAAGAAAAAUAAUGAGCAGAAACACUUCUCGAUACUGUGGCUUCUACGCAGGAUCCAAGAGCUUGUGAUGUAUUGGCCCGUUGUUCACAGUGAAAAGUACAGUGACUUCUGUUAUGGUAUUGAUUAUUUAGGUGGUAAAUCAUGUGUAGCAGAUUGGUUGAUCCUAAAGCGAAACAGCAGGUCAACUUGAAAUGAAAAAUAUCUUACAGUUUCCUUCAUGAUGCACGGGGCAAACGUGAAGUUAAAGUGUUGUGUGACAUUAUGCAGCUAUUAUGCGCUCUGGACCCUGUAUGAACUGCUGCUUUUCUCCUAUUCCAGGUUUAUUUCAAAUUAAAUGACAGUGAUGUUGUAUGAUAGGAAGUUAUUUAAUGAUGUAAUAGCUUACAUCCCAUAUGUAACAUGAUUGUAGGCUAUAAAAGGUUUAGUUUGAUUUCCUGUUUUUUUCCCAGAGAAAUUAGUUUUGAUCUUCCUGAGACAGCUGAGCUGCACGAAUCAUAUCCUUAAAUACUGAAUGUACAAACCGUAGAUGCUAUUAAACUGAGGUUAGUUUAUAUCUGCUGUAUGUUUACCUACUGUUUAUGGGAUUGACACUCCAGUGUUCCUGGGCCCACAUGUAUGUAUGAGUUGGUGUGCUGAUAAAAACCUGAUUCCAUGAGUGCACCUGCAGACACAUUUUAUUGUUUAUUUUAUGUUACUGUGUAAAUGGAAAUGUGUAGUCAAGAUAAUGCUAUAUUUUGCUUCCUAUUUUCCCAUUUUUGUUGUGUUUUGUUCAGCUGUUAUGUUGAGAUUUAUGUAAAGAGACAUUUAUUUAUUGGAUAGCAUGUUUUAGCUCGACUCUGAAGUAGGUAGAACAUUAGCUGUUCAGUCUGGGAACAAUAGACACACUGAAUCAUUAAAAUUUCGCUAUUUAUGUUAUUUUUAUUUAAUCACUUUAAUCAGAAAUAAUAUAUUUGGAGAUAUGAAUUGUGUUUAUUUUUAUUCAUGUUAAAUGCAUACCUACAGAUGUAAACAAAUUAAACAUAGUAAAUAAACCGCU